GUACACACCUCCUAUAAAAACGCAACCAUGCAGGAUCCAAAAGCAUAUCAACACGUCAACAAUAUGCAAAGCAGAGAUCUUGAAGUCAUAUUAAAAGAAAAUUCAUUCGAAUGGAAACAGAAAGACGCUAGAAUCAUGGACGUCGGUUGCGGCGAUGGAAGCGCCACUAUGGGUAUAUGGAAAAAGCAUAUUUCGGAGAGUUUUAUGAUCAUAGUGGGAAGUGACAAAAGUCAGGCAUGUGUAAACUUUGCAAAGAAGAACUACGAGGGUGAAAAAGUCAAAUUUAUUACGCUUGAUAUAGAAGGGCAGAUACCCGAUGAUCUGAAAGGAUGCUUUGACCACGUGGUCUCAAACUACGUGUUUCAUUGGGUACAACGGCAAGAAAAAGGCUUCUCAAAUAUAUACGACAUGCUGGCAAAAGAAGGCAAAUGCCUGCUAAUAUUCCUCGGCAAUUGCAACUGUUACGAAAAUUAUCGCACACUUUCGCGCACUACAAAAUGGAAUUCCUAUCUUAAAGAUGUCAAGACCAAGCUAUUGUCUCCAUAUCAUGAUUCUCAGGCAAGUGAUCCACAAAUCGAAAUUAGAAGUUUGAUGAGGAAAAUUGGUUUCCGAGAUAUUAAUAUACAAGUGCAAAAUCUUUCGUUUGAUUUUGAACGCGGUAUAGACGAAUUCAGAGACUUAAUGAAAUGCCUGAAUCCCUUCGAUGGUCUGGAAGAGAAAUGGGAAGAUUUCAUGGACGAAUAUGUUCAACUGGACCCAAAUGCGGGUACGAUCAUAUAUCAGCUGUUGGUUGUUUCUGGUACAAAAUGAAUAG